CUGACGUCACGUGGUAUAUUUUGUAGUCUAAAAGAAGCACAACGUUAUAUAUCUUGCAGUUGCUGUUGGGUCGGCGUGUUUAUCUUUCCACAGCCAUAGCACUGUAAGGAGUGUGGAGGCCUCAUUCGCACGUGCAUGUUAUAGGUUGACUGCGAGUUCAAAACUUUUUUUGUUCGGUCUGAAUGCUACUUGACGAUAGUGACUCAUGGAUCAAGGCCGCCAUGGCGUGGCCCUGUUUGGCCUGGGGCGUAUUGGUGUCGAACAUUUCAAGAAUAUGUUGAGUCAUCCAGGAUUGUCCUUAUUGUGGGUCAUAGAGCAAGACAUUCAGAGAGCUAAGGACAUCCUGAUAAAAUUCCAGCAGUGCAACUCUACUAAGAUAACAACACCAGCAGAAGAUGCUCAAGUGUUUGCUGAUGAACGAGUCCAUGGAAUAGUUGUGUGCACCCCAUCUUUCACCCAUGUGGACAUCAUUCUUAAAGCAGUCAAGGCUGGUAAGGCCAUUUUUUGUGAAAAGCCUGUCUCGCCAACUCUGGAAGGUGUGAUGCAGGUAUAUACUGAAGCUCAGAAACAAAAGAUUCCACUUUUUUGCGGGUUUAACAGGCGGUUUGACCAACAAAUAAGAAAGAUCCAUGAUUAUGCUCAGGAUGGCAGAGUUGGAAAGAUACAUGUUAUUAAGAUGUGUAGCAGGGACCCGGCAGGGAAAACUGCCACUCCUGAAUAUUACAAAAACUAUGGAGGGUUCCCCAAUGACUCUGCCGUUCAUGACAUUGAUGUAGUGUGCUGGUUAAUGAAAGAACGUCCCAUAUCCGUGUACGCCGUGGGGCAUGCUCACACCUCGGACUACGUGGCCAUGGGUGACGUGGACACUCUGGUGAUUGUUCUGAACUUCCCGAGUGGUGCGAAGGGAAUUAUUGACAUGAGUAGGAAUUCUCCCUAUGGGUUUGAUCAGAGAAUAGAGGGAUGA